UUCAAUCAAAUAAAAUGUUAGUGUCACAGUAUUGGCACCAUUUCUGGAGACAAAAAGGAUCAAAUCUUUUAAAUAUUAGAUGCCUCACGUUCAGUAGAACCUUUUGUUGGCCAAAUGUUUAGCAGGUUUACAAGUUCCAAAAAGAUCCAGCAGUGCAACACAUGCUGAUUUAAUUAGGCUAUCGCUCAUCUUAUCUCCUCCUUACGGUGUUCUGACUUCUGACUAUAAAUACCUCCUCUGAUUCUUCUAUUCCAUCACCAGUUUGAGAUACCCCUCAUUAGAGAAAAAAAAACAAACAAUAAGAAAUGGAUUCUCUUUCUUCAAAACCCAAUCACGUUCGAUCAAUCAGUUUGCCCGGGAGAUCACACCCUACCACCCAGAGAGUUGAAGAGGAGCUCAACAAGCUCAAAUCAUUGGAAGUAUCAGCUGCACCAGCAGCUGUGAGCAAUGGUUUAAUCGGUUUAGAGAAAUUGUACAAGUGCAUAGAUGAUCUUCUCAACUUGCCUCAAAUACUUCAAGCCCUCUCUCAGAGUCUAAAUGCAAAAUGGCUUGACGAUUUAUUGGAUAAAUCAGUGAGGCUUCUUGAUCUUUGUGGCACAAUAAGGGAACUCGUCUCACAAUGUAAAGAAAAUGUAAGAGAUUUACAAUCAUCUCUUAGAAGGAGAAAAGGAGAUUCAACUACAGAUGACAGCGUUGAAAGAUUUACCUCUUUCUGCAAGAAGAUCAAGAGGGACGCCAAAAGAUCUGUCUCGACUUUGAAACAAAUGGAUCAAGAGACUGCAGUAUUGGUCUUGCUAGAUGCAGAUCAAGAUACAGUAGAUGUGAUUAGAGCACUAAAAGAAGCUAAUGCAGUAUGCCUUUCAACUUUCCAAAUGCUAUUAUCCUUCUUGUGUGUACCCCUUUUGAAGCCUAAGCCAUCAAAGUGGUCUUUGCUUUCAAGAUUGGUGCAAAAAGAAAGAAUAGCAUCUGAAUACCACGAAGAAAACAUGAGUUUGGAAACAAGGCUGGAAACUUUCGAGGCUUACCUUGACAGCUUUGAAGAUGGAUUGGAAGCAACAUUUAGGUGUCUCAUUAGAUCUAGAAGCUCGCUCCUCAAUAUUUCCUCCUCCUAAUCUGUCAGUUGUUAUUCCAAACACUGUAAAUUGUAUAUAAACAGUUUUGUAGUUAUGCUUAGAAAUACACAAAUCUCAAGUGAAUGAAUAUACACCAAUUUAAUAUCUCUUUCUAUGCGUGUACUUUCAUCAAUAGCCCAAAAUAUUCGUCAAAAUGGCUCUCUUAAAACUGGGGGUUUGAAAUAGAUAAAACUCAUAGCCCGUCAGUUACACACUUACGCCACAUAAUUGGUUUUGUUAAUCAAACCAAGGAAGCCUCUCGUGUAAAGUCAGAUGACGUGAAUAAUUGACCUGAAAAGUGAGAUUAAUUCAUAACAUGAAUUGCAGAAGAAUGAGGUCUGUGUGGAGGAAGCUUCACAAUAAGUGCUUGCUACACAGGCUUCUGGAGUUCUGCUAACAGUUCCUCUGCACAGUGCCCAAGGGUGUUAAUAAACUCCACCGGCCUCCCCAAGACCCUCUUGAUAUAAAAGAAACCUCCCGCUAUAAAGGAAGACCAAAACCUGGGUCCCUUGAUCAGCCUCCUUGAACCUGAACUCAUCAGUAAGAUACAUAUCACAAAUAAAUUAGAUAAUAUAGUU